AUGAGUAAAUUUGAUACAGAAGAUUCCAUCAAGUAUGAUACAGAGUCAGAAAUAGGGACGGUAAACGAUAUGGUCAGAUUCAAAGCCCAAACGAAGGACAGAAACAUCGACUCCAAAUUAAGUAGAUCGAAUUCGAUGUUCACUAUUACAAGUAGGGCUGAAGAUGUCUUACCCACCGCGUUCAAAACCAUCAGUCAAACCAUCGAUAGUAAUGUUUCGAAUGGUGCUGCAGAGGCUGAGGAUGUGAUGGGUACUAAUAAAUUCCUAAAUAUUACUUGGCAUAGUGAUGAUAUCACUAAAGUAGCCGAUGAUUUGGAAGCUGAUUUGGUGAAUGGUUUGAAUGAUCAACAAAUUUCAAGUAAAAUAAAAGAAUUUGGUUUGAAUGUAAAAUCUAAACCUCCUGGUGACUUGUUUUGGAGGAUAUUCUUUUAUUUCUUUGGUGGGUUUGGUAGUUUAUUAUUGGUUGCUGGUAUAUUAUCGAUAAUUUGUUGGAAACCUUUGGGUGAUCCUCCUCAAAUUGCAAAUUUGGCUUUAGGUUUGAUUUUAUUAGCCGUGUUUAUUAUCCAAGCAGUACUUAACUUUAUUCAAGAUUUUUCCAGUGGUCAGGUUAUGAAGUCGAUCAACAACAUGAUUCCUCUUGAGGUUAAAGUGAUAAGAAGUAGUGAAGUUGUUGAUUUGAGAUCAGAAGAUUUGGUUCCUGGAGAUUUGAUCUUGAUUGAGCCAUUCACUAAAAUCGCCGCCGAUAUAAGAAUAUUCGAACUGAAGGGACUUGUAUUUGAUAGGUCAAUUUUGACAGGUGAAACGAUUCCCUGUCCAGGUAAAGUUAUCAGCUCCAGUCUCAAUUACUUGGAAAGUGAAAGUAUUGCCAUGCAAGGUACUUUCUGUGUUGGGGGUCAUGGAAAGGGUGUAGUUGUUUCCACUGGUAAUUUCACCAUUUUCGGGGAGAUAGCUAAAUUAUCAUCUGCUCCUAAAAAGAAGUUGACUACUUUACAAAUAGAAUUAUUUAGAUUUAUUGCUAUUGUGAGUAUUGUUAUCGUAUUAGUUAUGGUAUUAGUGAUCAUUCUAUGGGCCACCUGGAUCAGACACACGUACCCUGAAUGGAUUAAUGUUCCCACAUUGAUCAUUGAUUUGGUUUCUGUGGUGGUAUCGUUCAUUCCAGAAGGUUUACCUAUUUCUUUGACUGUUUGUUUGAUUGUCGUGGCACAUAGAAUGAAAGAAAGUCAAAUCUUAGUCAAAUCUUUGAAUAUUGUUGAAACAUUAGGUUCAGUUUCAGUUUUAUGUAGUGACAAAACAGGUACUUUGACUACAGGGAAAAUGACAGUCACAAAUUCUUUUGGUGAUCAGGAAAGAUUAUCAUUAAUAGGUACAUUGUGUAAUGAGACCGAAGUUAUUGAUAACGAAAGGGGUGGUGGUAACCAAACUGAUGCAGCAAUAUUUCAGUACUUUUCACAAUUCAAUGAUUAUAACACCAUCCUUAAUAGGUAUACUUUGGUCAAACACUUAAAUUUUUCAUCAAAAUUGAAAUAUAUGGUGAAAAUAUUCAAAGAUGAAAUCGAAGAUAAGUUCAUUUUAACCGUUAAAGGUGCACCUGAUGUGCUUUUACAGAAGGCAAAGUUCUUUAACGCAAUUGAUGGCUUGAAAUCAAUCCCUGAUGUAGGCAUUGGUAGCUUCACUAGCAAACAGUUGGAAUGGAGUAAUAAUGGAGAGCGUGUGAUCUUACUUGGUUCCAAGAUAUUGGAUAAGGUCAACAUGGAUGAUGAUUUCUUUGACAUUGAAGAUUUUACUAUUGACGGAUUGAUCAGUUUAAGUGAUCCUUUGAGAAGCAAAAUACCUGAAGUGAUAGGACAAUUGCAAGACGCCGGUAUAAAGUUGGUUAUGAUAACAGGAGAUUUUGAAUUGACUGCUAAAUCGAUAGCAAAGAAAUGUGGUAUCAUUAAACAUGACCAAAUAGAUAAUAUCAACACCCUUACAGAUAAUUCUCAAGAUAGGUCUGUGGUAAUUAACGGACCCGACAUGUACAGGUUGAGUGAAAUCGACUGGGACAAAUUAGCCAGUUAUAACGAAAUUGUGUUUAGCAGGACUACCCCUGAACAGAAGCUCAAGAUUGUAAAAGAAUUUCAAAAACGGAAACAUGUAGUUGGUAUGACUGGUGAUGGGGUCAAUGAUUCUCCAUCAAUAAAACAAGCCGAUGUCGGUAUAUCAAUGGCAGAUGGUUCAGAAAUUGCUAAAGAAGCCAGUGAUUUAGUAUUGCUCGAUUCCUUCACUUCCAUAGUAGAAGCAUUAAUUUAUGGAAGAUUGGUUUUUGAAAACGUCAAGAAAACAAUCUGUUAUUUAUUACCUGCUGGAUGUUUCAGUGAACUUUGGGCAGUCUUGUUGAAUGUUUUGGGAGGUUAUCCACAAAUGUUAUCAAGUUUUUGUAUGAUUAUCAUCUCUUGCUUAACUGAUUGUGUGGCAUCCAUGAUAAUCAGUCUUGAAAGACCAGAAAAAAAUCUUCUUUACAAGAAACCAAGAUGCGUCAGUGGGGAAAGAUUAGUCGAUUGGAGAUUAUUACUCCAUUCUUAUUUGUUUGUGGGAACAUUCGAAUGUUUCGUUGCAAUGCUUUUGUCAUUCCUCCAUUUCACCAGAAAUGGAAUCCCUUUCAGUGCACUUAAAUCGUAUGGUGAUUAUGAAGAUCCUGUUAGGAUUAGCAGUCUAUUGGCUUCUUCAUGCUCAAUUUAUUUUGUUUCUUUGGUUAUUUUACAAGCUUUUAAUUUGAUGGUAGUAAGAUCAAGAUACGUUUCGUUGUUUAAGAAUUUGAAUUGGAGACUUCUUGUUGUCUUACCGGUAUUUGCAUCCACAUUUAUCUGGACAAACAUCCCAGCCGUUCAAAAAGCUAUAUCAUCAUCCUCAGUACCAGUUGAAUAUUAUUUUAUUGCUGUGGGUUUUGGGGUAUUAUUGGUUGCAUACGAUGAAACCAGAAAACUUAUAAUAAGAAAUAUUCCACACAGUUUUGUUGCCAAAGCUGCCUGGUAA